UAUUGGUUCUUAUGCUUUCAAUGAUUAUGCCGAUAACGACUAUGCCCUUCCGUAUGUACUACUCCUACUUGAAUUCCCAAUCCACAAACAUACAAAUCUACGAUUUCGUCUCUUUAUAUAGCGUUUGAGAAACCAACGAAACUUGUCUAUUCGAACAAUAAUAACAUUGUGCUCUGUUUCCAACCCGGCGUAGACAUGGGAACCGUUCGCCACACCAAACCCACCACCACCACUUUGGCUGCUUUUCUUGACCUGGAGGACCAACAAACCCAAUCUUGCCCCAAUUGUCGCUGCUCCAGAAAUUCCGCGAUUUCUCUCCCGCCAAAGCCAGCUCUCUCUCGGACCGCUAGAGCCAUCGUCUUUGGUACGAUUCUGAUCAAAAGAGUUCGUGAGAGAAAAACCCACCGUCAACCAAAAUAUGACGGUCGGAAGCGAAGUUUGUUGCUGGAUUCUGUAAGGGUUCCCGUAAAGGAAAACAGGGAAUCGGUGAAAAGAGAAUUGGACGGAAUUUAUCAAGAAAACAGAGAGAUUCCUCUUUCAUCUGGUUCGAUUCAAUCCUUUUCAAUUUCAAUAUCAGAACCCAAAAUUUCAAAUAAGAAAACUGGCUGUGGCAAUGAAGCCAUUGGCGUGAAGCAGAGAGAGGUGGAGCGGAGCAGGAGGAGUUGCUAUGCAUUCAAUUCUAGCGUUAGAUUGCUUAUGGUGAGUCUUGGAGUGACAGUGAUGCAAGGCAGAGUACUUGGAAUUUUGAUCACUUCAAUUUCGGUCUACUUUUUUGCUUGGAUGCAGAUGGAGGAUUGUUGGCUGAAGAAUAAAGCAACAAAAUUUAUGGAAAACCGAGAAAAUAGGCAUUAAAUCUUUGACUUGAAAAAUCUUUAUCAUUUGUGGAAGUUCUCACUUGUCAAAAGGACUGUGUUUUCUGUUCCUCUUCUUCUCCAUUACAUUCUGUUUUUUUACCCGUUGGAUUCUGUUUUAUUGUUCUGAGAAAUCCUUUCCUUAAGCCAGGUGUUGGAUUUUGAUGUUAGUCAAUCCAUUUGGUUGUGAAAGUUAAACCCAAUUAUAACUCUGGGAUUAAGUGUUGUAAUCUUAUGGCAACAACUACCCAUGUGCCUUUCAUAGUGACAAAAUUAAUUAUGAUUUUUGUGUUUAAUCUCA